AUCACAGUCCACAGGUCCGCUGCUGACACUUGGGUUCCGGGGCGACCUCUGGCAAGGAUGCAGGUGGCAGUCCGCCCGCUCGCUCCGAGCGCCGUCGGAGGAGGAGGUGCGUUUUCGGCCGGUCUUGUCCGGUCCGUGCGUGAGUGGAGGGGGAGGACGCAUCGGAGGGUAAUCAGCUUCUCGUCGGCGGGACAGGGGGGCGAGGAGGCGGCGCGGCGCGAGACGCCGGAGGAGACGCGGAAGCGGCUGGAGGAGCUGGACGCGCUGCUGGAGGGGCUGGUCGAGCCCAAGAUGCGGCCGCCAACGCCACCUCCUCCUCCGGAUCCGUACCUGGACCGAGCCACGAUGAUAACUGGGCGGGGAUCAUCAGCCGACGAGCUGCCAGAGUUUUCUCCGACAUACGUGGCGUUCUCGACGCUUGGACUCGUCAUCCUCACCAUCUUCACCAACGUCAUGUUCAACCUGUACAUAAAACCCUCCGUGGACGGCGUCGAUCCACCGCCUGAAAGAAUCCAGAGAACGGCCCUAGUCAAUCCAGCAGACAGGCCGUCCGAAUAGUUUUCUGCGCAGCACAAUACACACAGUAUACGGUUUUGAUGAUGAAGACAUGUGUCCCAGGUGGGAAUGGACUAUUUAAUUGUGUGGACAGUGGGUGGACUCACACAUUAUUACUAGCGUCAUACUGCUUCUCUCA